AUGUUUCCUUUCUCUCAAACAGGACCUGCGGACCUCUGCGGUUCGUCAUGGGACGCGACAGUUGAAGGGUCACAGAACUUCCCUACUGAGUUUUCAGACAACGGAGAGAUCCAGACCGGAGAUGCCGAGGAGUACUCAUAUACCUAUGGACAUAUCACCCCCAGGAGAGAUGCCACUGAAAUGACCGAGGAUUUCCAGAAUGCAUGGGCGGUUGGCCCAAGUGUUGACGCUUCGCUGGCACAUGCAGAGCCCAUGCGUCGGAUGGCAUCCAAGAGCUCCACUGGCAGCCACAAGCAACGGAUCCUCAAGGCCUCCUCCAUCAAGGGGCGCUCAAGAUUGCAAAGCGGACUCCCACAGAGCUCUGCUCCACUGGGAAGCUUUGACAUGGCAGGUAAUGCAAUGGUCUUCACGGAUGUGUCGAUGAAUGUGAACCAAUACCUUACCCCGGAUCUUGACACUCUGUCCGUGUCCUCGCUCCAAGGAUUUCCGUCUGGAAUGACCGAUGGCCUUCCCUACGACUUCGCUACGGCUAUGAACCAACACGUGGAUCCCACAUGCACCCAGAUGCGCAUGGACUACGAGCCCAGUCUCGCCAGUCACUCGAUCCACUCCUGGGAUUCCUCCAGCUCGGACCAUUCGAGGACGUCCUCUCCUGUGACCCUCGAGGAUACCUGGCGCGGACCGAACGCCACUUCCCCUACGGACACGCACACCUCCUCGCCUUCCUUUGGUGGGCAUUCGCCCAGUGGGGUUGUCAUGACUGCUGUUCCUGGCGAUGAUUUCACCCUCUCCGGCAACUCGGCAUUCAGCACUCGACGUCCAAGCAAUGAAGGUGAGACAGCGCGAGACCACCCGCUGUACAAGAAUGCCGCCCCCCAAUCGGAUGGACUCUUCCAUUGCCCGUGGGAGGGUCAGCCCAGCUGCAACCACAAGCCCGAGAAGCUCAAGUGCAACUACGACAAAUUCGUGGACUCGCACCUGAAGCCGUACCGCUGCAAGGUCGAGUCUUGCGAGAACACGCGGUUCUCUUCUACUGCAUGCCUCCUGCGACAUGAGCGUGAGGCCCACGCCAUGCAUGGCCAUGGAGACAAGCCCUAUCUGUGCACGUAUGAAGGCUGUGACCGGGCCAUCGCUGGAAAUGGAUUUCCGCGCCAGUGGAACUUGAGGGACCACAUGAAACGUGUGCAUCAUGACAAGGGCACUGCGCCCCAGGCCAGCUCCCCCCCGGCGCUCGGAAGCAGCCAGAACCAGGCCAAGGGACGAAAGCGCAAGAAGGAUGCCCCCGAUGCAAGCUCCAACCGCCGCAAGUCAUCUUCCAAGACUCGUGCUGCGGAGGAGAACCUAGCCGCGAUCCAGGCCGAGGAUGCCGCCAUGGCACUCUACAACGAGUGGACUGGAUACCAAAAGACAGUCACCGGGAUGUUCCAGAACUUUCCCCAAUGGGACGACCCCGCGGUGCUCCGCACCAUCCAAGAGGCUCAAUCCCAGUUGACGGCUAUGAGUCGUAUUUCUUCCCAGGUCAUCCCUUCCCGGAAGCCGGAGCUUGUCCAGGCAACCUACCGGCGAUCCUUCGUCCAGCACACCGGCUGA